AAGGUCCUAAAGAGUACAAAACUUUCACAUGUUUGAUCAAACUGGUCCUCACAAAGUGCUGACACUAGUGUCUAGCAGGAAGGUAGAUGAAGCAGGUUGGAAACAUACCGUAAACGUUUCUAAUAUCAGAAAUUUCAGGAAGUUUCUUCAAAAACAACUUCUGUCAAAAGAAUGGCAUCAUCUUCUCUACAAAUUUGUGCAUUGCUGCUGGCUUUAGCAGGAUUCACCAUUUCACUUGUUACUACCAUGUCCAACAGAUGGAAGAUUUCAGACACAGCAACAGUGCUUGUUACUACAGACUGGAUUUCCGAAGGUCUUUGGAUGGACUGUGCGGUGGUUUCUUUUGGAUCACUACAGUGCAAGAGAUUUCCCUACAUGUUGAGUUCAGACACUCAUAUUCAGGCAUGCCGUGCCUUGAUGAUUACUUCCAUCCUUUUGGGAUUCAUAGCUUCGGUACUCACGCUGCUUGGUUUGAAGUGCACAAAGGUUGGGUUGAGCGAUGAAGAAGGAAAAAUGAAGUUUGCUGUCACGGGAGGAUUUCUUUUUAUUUUAGGAGGUCUCUGCUCCAUGGUGGCCAUUUCUUGGUAUGCUGCAAUGGUUACUGCUCAAUUUUUUGACCCAUUGUUCGCUGGAACCAAGUAUGAACUAGGAGAUGCUCUGUACUUAGGCUGGGCUGGAUCGGUUCUUUAUAUGCUUGGUGGGAUCUUACUGACCUGCUCAUGCAAAGGGAAGAAAAACCAGGAUUACAGUUGCAACAAAUAUGCGUAUUCAGCAGGCCAGGCACCUCAUCAGCAGCGCAUUUACACCAAAAACACUGAAACAGUCAUAAGCAACAAGGAGUAUGUCUAAACCUACCUUUUACAUCACUUGUAACGUUAGUGGGCUAUGAACUCAAAUAAAGAAGUGAACUACUUCCAGGGAUCCAGUUCCAAGUUGCAAUUUUUCAUCUUAAUCUGGAGGAGUGCAAGGAGGAGGUAUAGUUUUCAAUGUAAAUAGGAAUGGUUCUUUGGGAAUGUUUUUUGAAUGUAAAUAGGUUUCUACAGAAAACGCUGUGAUGUGAAAUCCAGUGGCAUGAAGGUUUUCUGCAUGCUGAGAAGCCUGGUAAAAUUUAACCACCGAGAGCCAUGUGUCCUGGCAAUCGAGAGCAACUGUUUCUAUUUCAGCUGACUCAAAAAUGCGGAACUGAUAUGGUGUAGCUGACUGCAAGUUAAUACGCCUCACAGUUAGAAAUGUGUUGUGUUUUCAUUAAUGUUUAGCUUCCUACUUUUGUUUAGCAGCUUUAGCUCUUUAUGGGAAAUAAACUUUAUUCCACAAACUGACUGAAACAGAUUUUUUGAUGAGUGGUAUCCUGGCCAUUAAUAAGGAUAUAGUCCACAUACUGUGGGCUUGAAGUCUCCUGUUAUACUGAAUAUCAUAUGAUGUAUGAUAGUCAAGAUUUAUAAAAGCUACAAAAAAAAUUCCCUAACAAUCCUUACCUCCAAAUCUGCAGAUGUGCAAGAAUUUCUUGUUGAUUGUAAUGCAGAUACCAAAGAUAAACGAUAGAGAAUGAACCAAACAAAGCUGGGAGUGGAGAAAGUAUCUGGUGCGAAAAUGCCUUGUGAUAGCUAAGAAGAUGAUAGCCCUGAUUUUUUUAUUUUUAUUUCUAUGUUUUCGGCUUUUAAAAUAAUCCUAUUUUAACUUUGAGCAAUCUUUACCUUUGGGAACUUCUGCUGCAUCUGAACAGUCUAAUUCAUGCAAUUGCCCAUUGACUUUAUUCUCUGUCAUUGUUCCAUCAUUAGAAUUUCUGCCUUAAACUACUUCAGUGCUGGGAGCAUACGUUUGCCUUCUUGUGCUAACUUUACUUCGUAUUGAUGCUUUGAGCAACGUGGAAUGGAAUUUCACACGGCAGGUUCACAGGUUUCAUAACUUGUCCUUUUAAAAUUACAGAUGUGUUAAUACAGUUCGACAAAAUACCUUGGCGU